AUGGUACGGGAGCAGUACACCACGACGACGCCGGGCACUAGCCUGCAGGGGCCAAACAACGAGUAUGUCUACAAAAUCGGGAUCUACGGCUGGAGAAAGCGCUGCCUCUACCUGCUCGUCCUGCUUCUGCUCAUCAUUUUGGUUGUGAACUUUGCGCUGACUAUCUGGGUCCUCAGAGUGAUGUGGUUCAAUCCGGAAGGAAUGGGACUAUUGAAAGUCACUAAAGAUGGGCUUCGACUAGAAGGAGAGUCUGAAUUUCUAUUCCCGCUGUACGCCAAAGAAAUUCACUCCAGAACAGACUCAUCCCUGCUUCUGCAUUCAUCUCAGAACAUCAUGGUCGAUGCCCGUGACAUGAACGGGAAUGUGACGGCCAGACUAACCGUAGGUCCAAAAGCAGUCCAAGCCCAUGGACAGCAGUUUGAGAUCAUCUCCAACGAGGGGAAAAUGCUUUUCUCUGCCAAUGAAAACGAGGUGGUGGUCGGGGCAGACAAACUUCGUGUAACAGGCCCUGAAGGUGCUCUCUUUGAGCACUCUGUGGAAACGCCGCUUGUCAAAGCAGAUGCAUUCAAGCAGCUCAGGCUGGAAUCGCCAACACGUUCCCUGAGCAUGGACGCCCCCAAAGGGGUUUACAUCAAAGCACAGGCUGGGAACAUCGAGGCUGCUUCUCAGAUGGACAUCGUGUUGCACACAAGCGAAGGAAUGCUGGUACUGGAUUCUGAGACUGUGCGCCUGCCCAGGCUUCCUCGAGGUUCAAGGGGAGUGCCCGGGAAUUCUCAGGGACUUUACGAAGUGUGCGUUUGCCCAGAUGGAAAGCUGUACCUGUCAGUGGCGGGUGAGGGCUCCACGUGCCACGAAUACAGCGCGUGCUAGUGACUCAUCCCUGAAACCCAUUACCUGGAGGCCUUUGCACUGGGAACUGUGGAAUAUUUCACUGCUAAUAUCUGUCAAUGUUAAACACAAACAUGUUUCCAUCCAGGAGGAGUCACAAAGAAGAAGCUACAAAGGACUGUUCCUCAAGUCUUUUUAUUUCUGAGCUGAUGCUAAAUAGGCGUUCCGUAUCGAAGAGCACAAACAGCUGAAAGAAAACUGCCAGCAGGACAGAAGAGGGGUCCUUGUUUAUAGGGUUCCAGUGGCAAAACGGCUUUGAAUUGUAAUGUGGGGAAAAACACAUGCAUCCUUGAGUAUUAUACUAGAGAUUCCGUAUCAAUGUUUUCUACUCCCGCUGUCUAUUGACUGCUGAUGUGCACUGUUAAUACAAAAUGCCAUCACGAGAUUUGACUUUCAGGACCUUUUCUUACCCAACAGUGUGCUGUUGCUGGGUCACUUGUAGCUGGUAACAGCUUUCCUUCUAUGCAAUACUGUACAAGUUGUUUUGUUUUUCUUCCUUGCAAUAACACACAUGCUUGUUUUUCUCUUGUGUGAAUUUCAUAUCAUCUGUCAUAUACUCAGAACUAGUUUGGAAGAUGUUGUGUGGGGGUUAUUUAGUUUCAUGUUAUUUUUUCCUAGCUGUGCUUUAGAAACUACAGAGCCCUUGUAUUUAGAGGUUGGUUGUGAUUGAUUUUGAUGUUUGUAACCAUUAGAAAUAUUUCCCGUAGUAAACGCCUCGAUACAUAAAGAAAGCGUGGUAAAGGAUAAAUAAGCAUUGUAAAGCACAGAGAGGUAUGGUAAAGGAUAGGUAAGCAUUGUAAAGCACAGAGAGGUAUGGUAAAG